UAUUCCUAUCUUAUGGAGAUAUCCUCAAAAUUUCGAUAUCGAACAUCAAAAAUUUUGGACACGAAUCGUUAAGCCAAUUUUGAUGUGUAUGGAUAAAGAAACAUUGAAGAUUUUAAAACAUCUUGGAUGUAAAAUGAUUAAUUCAAUUUAUAAUAAAUCACCUUUAUUCAAUUACGUUGGUUAUAUGCAACAACUCACCUACUAUGAUGUAUGUCACUUGACAGAAUUUAUUCUUCCGAAUCAAGAUCAUGUUGAAGAUUUACACAAAUUUUUAAUGGAAAAAAUUUACAACUUAUUCUUUACCAAAGGAACAAAAUUUUUAUAUUUUGGAGUUCCAGAUAUUUCAAUUUUUCAUCAUCAAGAAGCUAAAACAAGAUUUUCACAUUUACAAAUACUUGCUUGUGAAUUAAAUACUUCAUCCAAUUUUUUUUAUGAAUUAUCAAAAUAUUGUAAUGAUAUUCAACAAUUAUUAAUAUUAAUAGAUGAAGAUUGUAACAAAGAAAAUUUUGGAUUAGUAACUCUCAUAAAAGCUCAACGAUGUUUAAAAUAUCUUAGAAUUCGUUCUAUCAUAUGGAAAUCUCGAAGAAGAAUUUGUUUAUCUAAAUUAGCGGAAGCGAUUAGGAUGCAUGUGAAUAGUUUGACUUACUUUGAAAUAUCAGGUUAUAUCUGUAUUCCAUCAACCACCAUUGGAGAAUUAAAAAAUUUAAAGACAUUAGUAAUUUCAAUGGAUGCAUAUA